CUUGUCGAGUUAAAAGUAGAGCCUCUUCAUUCUCUAGAAGAUUACGUAGAAGCACUCCAAAGUCUAACGAACAUAGGUGAAGCAAGAACUUAUUUGGAGAAUCAAAUUUUGGUAGCACCUAUAGAUUAUCCUGGGCAGCUUAAUGUACGACGUGCUGUUAACCACAGGAUUAAGCUUGGAGAUUCUUCUGGUGUACCGCGGCAAGUUCUUCAUAUU